GUUUUUGUUAGGCCUUUUACUUCUCUCUGUAUGCUCAAUACAUUUAUACUCUGUAUCGGAGUAGUCCCAAAACAACAUAUCUCCUUGCUAUAAAUUUCAAUUAUUUGGACAAUCUUCUACUGCUCCUUAACAACAAGAACCAUCCCACCAUGCCAGAACCUUCAUCCUUCAAAGUUGUGCAAGUUUGUUCUGUUUCACCACCGCCACAAAAUGGAACAACAACAACAACUUCUCCAACCUCUAUACCGCUCACCUUCUUAGACAUAUUAUGGCUACGUUUCCCACCCGUUGAGCGUCUUUUCUUCUUCGAAUUUCCAAACUACCCUUCUUCUAAUUCGUUCUACGACUCUGUUCUUCCAAAUCUUAAACACUCUCUUUCCCUCACACUCCAACACUUCCUUCCCCUCGUUGGUAACAUUAUUUGGCCUUUAGACUCUCCCAAACCGAUGAUUCAUUAUGUCCCUAAUGAAGAUUCUGUUACCUUAACCAUAGCAGAGUCCAAUGAUCACGAUGUUAACCUUUUUGACGAACUUUGUUCUAAUUUAUGUGAUGCUUCACAACGUUAUUUCUUGAUACCCCAAUUGGCCAACUCUCAUGAAAAAGCUUCUGUGUUAGCGUUACAAGUAACUUUGUUCCCAAAGUUCGGAUUUUGCGUUGGAAUUUCAACACACCAUGCAGCCAUAGAUGGAAAGUCUUCAACUUUGUUCAUGAAAGCAUGGUCCUACACAUGCUCCAAGCUAUUAGAAUCACCAUCUUUUCCAUCAUCGCUACCAUUACCUGAGAAUCUAACACCAUUUUUGGAUAGGUCAGUGAUAAGGGACCCAACAAAAAUUGGUGAAGCUUAUGCAGAUUCAUGGAUGAAUCAUGGUGGAACAAAUAACCGAAGUCUCAAAGUGUGGGAUUUUCCUAAUGAGUUUGCAAAAGAAGGAUAUGGGGUUAAGGCGUUGUUUGAAUUGAACCCCACACAGAUCAUGAAGCUCAAGGAACAUGCAAAAUCCAAGAUGGGAGGAUCAAAAAGUGUGAAACUUUCAAGUUUUUCGGUUACUUGUGCUUAUGUAUUAUCAUGUUUGGUCAAAACAGAAGAGCAACACUUGUUGAAAAACGCGGUUGAAAGAGUGUUCCUUAUUUUCAGUGUGGAUUGUAGAACAAGGUUAGACCCUCCAAUUGUUUCAACAUAUUUUGGGAAUUGCGUUGCUGGAGAAAAGGUUGAGGCAGAGACAAAAGGGAUACUGUUGGGAAACGAUGAUGGAUUCAUCGUUGCUUUGAAAGGAAUCAUUGAAGCAUUGAAAAGGGUUGAAGAUGGGUUAGUAAUGAAUGGAGCAGAGUCUUGGUUUGAGGAUAUGCGAAAUUUUGCUGAUAAAGCAAAGAUAUAUUCCAUUGCUGGAUCUCCUAGGUUUGGAGUUUAUGAUGUUGAUUUUGGUUAUGCAAAGCCUAAGAAAGUGGAUAUGACUUCAACGGACAAGACAGGAGCUUUUUCUCUUUCGGAGAAUAAGGAUAACAAUGGUGGAAUAGAGAUUGGGUUGGCAUUGAAAAAAAGUGACAUGGAAACUUUCUCUACGUUUUUCAGUGAAGGACUUCAAUCCUUGUAAGCUAUGAUUAUUUACGUUUAGCAAUUAGCAUAGCUAGUUGUGUUAUUUGUACCACUUUUUUACUAUAUUGUGUCUAUUUUUUUUUAAAUGUAAAAGUGAGUAAAAAAAUUAAAAAUAAUAAA